GAGACUAUUUAGUAUCUCAUUUAAAAUAUGUUCUUAACUCGUUUAAUAAAUCAUACAUUAUUAUUUUUAUUAGUUUACACAUAAACUCACCCAAUCUUGCCAAUAAAAUGUGCAGAAAAAGGUGAAUGAGUCCAGGCUUGAGCAUGAGGAUACUGAUGUUGGAGUUGAUUGGCCCGUCCAUCACACAAUGCCUGCAUCCUUGGGGACUGUAAUCGUGAAUCACGUGGACGUGACCGAGUGUGGGGGUUUUGUUGGAUGAGAAAUGAUCAUUUGUGUUGACCAACAGUGCCGAGCGCUGCAGGAGAGCCAGAAGCGUCCAGGCUCCGCAGCAGCAGAGAGAACCAGGAGGCCUGCAAACAUGGCAGAAGGAGUGUGCAAAACUGAGGAAGAUGAGGGACCGAGCACGGAGGAGGACUCGCCGUUUUUCCACGGAGUCGGGGUUUGUAAAUGGUUCAACGUGCGCAUGGGUUUCGGGUUCCUGUCCAUGACCCACCGGGACGCGGUCCCGCUGGACGAACCGGUGGAUGUGUUCGUGCAUCAGAGCAAGUUGCAUAUGGAAGGUUUCCGCAGCUUGAAGGAAGGUGAAGCUGUCGAGUUUACCUUCAAAAAGUCGUCCAAGGGCCUGGAGUCUCAGCGGGUCACCGGGCCCGGAGGAAUCCACUGUGUGGGCAGCGAGAGGAGGCCCAAAGGCAAAAAGGUCCAGAAGCGCCGCUCAAAGGGAGACAGAUGCUACAACUGUGGAGGCCUGGACCACCAUGCCAAAGAGUGCAAGCUACCACCCCAGCCCAAGAGGUGCCACUUCUGCCAGAGCAUCGACCACAUGGUCGCCAGCUGCCCAAUCAAAGCACAGCAAUCCUCGCCGGCUUCUCAGGGAAAGCCGUCCCCGUUGAAGGUGGAAGAAGGGGAGCACAGCCAAUCGGCGCCGCCGCCGCCUCCCGAGGCCUCCGAUUAAAACGGGAGAUCCGGUCACGCCGAAGCACAGGAGCCAAUCAAACUGCUUUGAUGGUCGAGGAGGGUGGACCGCCAUCCCUCCCCGGCUGUUGAAGCUGCUUUUGAAAUUACCUCAGGUUGAAAAGAAAAACACUCAUGAAGAAUGUUUUUUAUUUUAUUUUGUUUGUUCAUUUGGUGUAACUCUCAGGAAUACUGCUGUAUUAUUGCACUCAGGAAGCUUGUUGAAAGUAUGAAUCACUGCUAUUCGAGGCGUUGAUGAUUGUAGAGGAGUUGUGCAGGUUUCACAGAAGUGAGGCUGCAUUUCUCUUCUGAGUUUUAUUAGUUUUUCAUAAUUUUUUAGAGUGCACUGUAAAAAAAUGAAAUGUGGAAUUUACCUCACUAAGUUAUGCCAGCUGGUUCCACUAAACCUAGUUGCUUAAGUGUAAAGCGUAAUUUACUUUCAACAUCACAACGUAAAACCCUUUACAUCAGUUAAAUUCUGCAUUUCAUUUUUUUGAGUGUAUAGCUACAAUUUUUGUUGCCUUACCAUCUUGUUAUCGAGUUGUCAUGGCUACCGUUAUGAAUGUUAGCUCAGGAAUGGGACGGUGGGGGGGCGGGGCGGUCAAGGAGAGAAAACAGUGACAUGAGACGGGUUUAAGGGUAUAGGUGUAGGCAACGUGUGAACGUUUGCCAAUGUUGCAGUUGACCAUCUAGUUUUCUGGGGUUAAAUGAAAGUCAGACCAAAAAUAGUUUUCAGGUUUUUGGUCGGGUUUGUUUUUUCCUUAAUUUUUUUAAUUUUUUUGUCCAGUCAGCAUUUUGCUGGCUAGGCUGGUCUACCUCACUGGUGCAUGUUUGGUCUGCUGUUAAAGCCAUCCUCCUUACUGUUAAUUGGUUAACAAAAUACAGUGUUUUUUUUAGAAGUUGGGAUCAAAUCAUAUCCUUUUUGCACUACAGUAUGGACAUGCAACUGGAGCCAUCCGCUUGGAGAAAACUCAGAUCCCUCCAGAAUCUGACAUCUUAAAUGCUCUGCUGCUCUUUAUAGGUGUGUUUAAAGGCCUAACUCAGGAAAUGGAAACUAUAAAAAUCUGCUUUGUGCAGAUUUAGCUUUUUGCAGAGUCUGUUUCUAAUUCUUGAUUUUUUUAUCUGUACAAAAUUCCAGGUUAUGGUUAAGUUUACUUAGAGAAGCAGUGCUGUGUGACAUGGCGUGGUACUUGUAACGAGAAACGUGACUGCUAUUUUAACCUGAGGGUGGCAGCAAAAUACUCUUUUAGAGAUAUGUGAUGCAUUAUAAACUGUUCAUCUGCAGUAUACUUUCUAGUUUUGGCUUAUUUUCUAAAGACUGCUGCUUUAUUACUACUUCUACUUUGAUUUCUGGAGAAUCUAAUACAAAAUACUAAACACACAUGAAACACUUGAUCUAGACAGAAUUAUUAGGGUUUCUGGUUAGUUUUCCUUUCAAUACUUGAAAAUAAAUUAGGCAGAAUCGGACAUAUUGCUAGUGGGAAGGCUGGUGUUUUUGUUUGUAUCUAGUGGGAUCCCUUUUUAGCGAGAUAAAAGAAACAACCUAAAAGAAAACCCUUUGUAGGGUCAAAGUUUAGGAGCAACCCGCCUGCAAGGAGAUGCAUUAGCUAGCUAGCUAACUAGCUAGCUAAUCAGCAUUUUACUCCCGUUUUACAGGAGAUGCUGACUGAGACUUUUAACACCCAAUUAAUAUAUAUGUAAAAUUAUUCUAAAGCCUUUUAAAAAAAAGAUCAUUCUACUUAUUUAUUUUCAUCCAAGGGUGCUACAGCUUCUUCCUGCGCUCAUUUUAGCAACAAAUAUACAAGUGCAGGUCAUCAUAAAAAGUGCAAAGAGGUCCUUUAAAGCUAUAUGUGACACGAGAAAAUCUGGGUAACUUUUAUUUACAUCAUGGUACUCUUAUUACUCUGUACAUAUGUUCUUGGUAAAUAACUGCCAUUUUACUUAAUUUAAUUCAGCAUAAGUACUGACAAUAAUAUAUAGCAACCUGAGAGUAAGAAUAUGCAGUACUGUACAAGUACAUAGAAUAAUGAAGUCUGGUGUAAACUGAGUUUUUUCUUUGCCUUUUAUGUUAUUUUCUACGGAAAUGUAGAGCCGCCACACGUGCAAAAUAUAAGUGUAAGUAUAACAUGUUGUAACAUCUUAAUAUUAUUGUUGUAACAAUAUAAUUUGUAUCUUUCAUGUUUGUACAAUAAAAUAUUUAUAUUGUACAAAUAUGAAAGAUAUGUUGUUGAAACAAAGUUAUGAUGUUAUAAAGUGAUAUUGCUCUAAUUUUAUUUGCGUGGGUGGCAGCUCUAUGCUUCCGUAUUUUUCCUCAUUUUUUUUAAAUGCACAAUGAGCUUUUCAAGAAUAAAAGCCCAUUGUUUAUUGUAUCUAUGCCAAAACCAAUGCAAUGUCCCUCUGCGCUAAUCUUGUGCAAGGUGCAUUAAUAUGUUUUUAUGUAUUUCAUUUUAGUUACGCUUGAAUACAUAUACCAAAUUAUAUAUACAUAUAUAUAUAUAUGUCUUUUUUGUUUUUUAUAAAUCUUAUACAGCUCGUUGAUGCUUUCUCAGGAAUAACCAAUCUGAAAACUCAGAGAUGACUGAUGAUUUGUUGGAAGGAGUCAGUUUUUUGUCUUCUGCUCAUCCAAACAAUGUGAAAAUAUUGUCUUGUUGCCGUUUAUUUUUUACUCACAGGGAAAUGACUGCAAGAUUGUACGAAUUUAGGUCAGAAAAGCAAUGAUUAGACUCCUUGUGUGUUUCUGUUCAGAGUAAUGACGCUUUAUGUCCUCAUCAUGAAGAGAAUGUUCCACUAUUAGUGUAUUAUUUCCUCUAUUGUUGUAGACGGGGGUCUAGUAGAAUAUUGUAAAGGGACUGGGGCUAGUAGUGUUUAAUCGUCGUCUCAUCUCAACACACUGAUGAUUGGUGUUUCAGACUAUCAAUGCUUUUGACGAAAGAAUGUGCCGUUGUGGACUUCACACUCAAAUGACUUCAUACUUUGAUCCUAGGUUAGAUUUAUUGAAAUUUAAAGAUUUCUAGGAUUGCUCCUCAGGUUUUGUAAGAACUAAAAUAGAAGUGCUGGUAUUUGAACUUUAUAUUUACAAUUAUAGUGUCAGCAUAUUCUCUUAAUCAAUUUUCUACUUAAAAAAUGACUCUUGACAUGUUUUUUUUUUACCUGGCAUCACUGAUUACAUCAUCAGUUAAAUUAUGACUUAAAUAAAUUUAAAUGUUACUACUCUGCUUCUCAUGCCAGACAAUGUGAUUGUAAAAAAAAUACAAAUUUUUCAUUGAAAUAUUUGGGUAUUACGAGUUCAAUUCCCAUAAAACGUAAGAACAUGCUGUGUGACUAUGAGCAUUUAAAGCACAUUGCAGCAUAUUUUCUAUUUUUGACCAUCAGCCAGUUCCUUCGUGGUGUUGUGUGGCUUGAACUACUUCUAAAAUAAUGUGCAUUUAUUAAUGACGAAUGUAUUAGUAUUUACUGCUAUAAAACUAAAAUAAUCUGUGACUCAGGUGAUUUAAUGGUUAGAUUUUCGGUGAUGAGCAGCAUGCAAGAGUUUCAAAGUAUUACUGUGAUUCAGUUUCUGUAUGUAAAGUUUUGCUUCAUUUCAUAAUAAAUAUUUCAAUAUUG